GAGGUACUGGUGCACAUGAGGAUCACUGUCCUGCAACUCUGCCUGGGCACCUUGCUCUUCCUUUCUGGAUGGGCCCAGAUUGGGCACUCUCAACACCACAGCCCCCCAGAAGUAGUAACACCUUUGAGGAUAACUGGCACCAAGAGAGGCAUGAGGCCCCCUGACUGGCUCUCCUACAGCCUGCACUUUGGAGGCCAGAGACACAUCAUCCACAUGAAGGCCAAGAAACUUCUGGUGUCCAAAUCCUUCUCUGUGUUCACCUACACAAACCAGGGUGCUUUGCUUGAGGACCACCCUUUUGUCCAGAGGGACUGCUACUAUCAUGGUUAUGUGGAAGGGGAUCCAGAAUCCCUGGUUGUUCUUAGCACCUGUUUGGGGGGCUUUCAAGGAAUGCUAGAGAUCCAUGACACUCUUUAUGAAAUCAAACCCAAAAGACUUUCUGCCAGAUUUGAACAUCUGGUUUAUAAGUUGCACAGAGAGAAGACACAAUUCCCACCCAUGAGAUGUGGACUAACAGAAGAAGAAAUAGCACGACAACUGGGACUUCAAAAGAGAGAGAAUUCCAUUCUGAGGCAAAGCAGCUAUGAAGGCUGGUGGACCCACAAAUGGUUUCUUGAAACAGUUUUGGUUGUAGACUAUGAGCGAUUCCUUUAUAAGAAAAGUAAUGUCUCAUUCGUGAUAGAGGAAGUAUUUUUCAUUGUCAAUUAUGUACAAUCCCUUUUAAGUAAAUUGGAUGUUGAUUUGAGUUUACUUGGAAUUGAGGUCUGGAAUGAAAGGAACUUUUUUGAAGUGACUGAUGAAAUAAAUUUUGUCCUGUAUCAAUUUUGCAAUUGGAAGAGAGAUAGUCUUGAAUCUCGUAUAAAACAUGACCUUGUUCAUUUUUUGGUAAAACAAGAUUUUGGUAUACAUCUUGGCUUAGCCUAUGUUGCAACUGUAUGCAUUCCUGGUUCGGAAUGUGGAGUGAAUUGUGUCAUGGGUGAUAACCUAUUUGAAUUCUCACUUACCAUAACACAUGAGAUUGGACAUAAUCUGGGCAUGUACCAUGAUGUAUGGAUAUGUACAUGUGGGCAACGCCAUUGUAUAAUGUCUGAAGAAGUAAUAGAUGGCACAAGAUUCAGCAACUGCAGUUAUGCUAGCAUGUGGGAAAACUUUCCAUUUAUGAACUGUAUGCGCAAUGCACCAAAAGAAGAGAACAUCUUCAGGGGGACUGUGUGUGGGAAUGGUGUGGUUGAUGAAGGUGAGGAGUGUGACUGUGGAUCCCCAAUUUUGUGUACAAAUCAUCCAUGUUGUUCAGUAAGAUGCACUCUGAAAUUUGGGGCUGAAUGUGCUUCUGGCCUUUGUUGUGAAGACUGCCUGCUCUUGCCACCAGGUACAGUGUGUAGAGAAAAGGACAGUGAGUGUGAUCUUCCAGAGUGGUGCAAUGGCACUUCGCCCGAGUGUCCAGAAGAUGUGUAUGUGCAGGAUGGGGUCCCUUGCAUGGGUGGUGGCUACUGCCACGAGAAGAGAUGCAAUGCACGUGAUGAACAGUGCAGACAGAUCUUUGGCAAGGAAUCCAGGAGUGCAGGGGAGAAUUGCUACACAAAAAUGAACAGCCGAGGUGACCGCUUUGGUAACUGUGGUCUCAGUGGUGACCACUAUAUAAUGUGUAAUUUAUCAGAUUUCCUCUGUGGAAGAGUUCAGUGUGAGAAUGUGAAAGAAAUUCCCUCUUUGAGAAGUCACACUAAUGUGCAUUGGAUUGACUUCAAUGGUGUCACCUGCUGGGGUACUGACUAUCAUUUUGGGAUGACAGUACCAGAUAUUGGUGAUGUGAAAGAUGGCACCGAAUGUGGUACUGGACGUGUGUGCAUCCACCGGAAGUGUGUCUCUAUGUCUUUGUGGUCAAGUGAUUGUUCACCAAAGACCUGUGAUAUGAAAGGGAUCUGCAACAACAAACAUCACUGCCAUUGUGACCCUAAGUGGGAGCCCCCCAACUGCAUGAAAGAAGGCCAUGGAGGGAGUGUUGACAGUGGCCCACCCCCUGGGGGAAAAUUGCAAGAAUGGAUGCACAAUUUACUGCCUAAGAAAAAAGAGGAAAAUGUGCAACCUUCACCUGAGAUGAAAGAUUUGGGUGCUAAAACUGCACCUGAGAUUGAACAGCUGGAUGUUCUGUCUUCACUGGAUAUGGAACAGCUAGGCAAUCAAACUUCAGCUGAGAUAGAGAAGUUGGGUGGUGAAACUUCGCUUGAGAUGCAAGAGCUGGGUUCUCCAACUCCACCUUCACCUGAGGCAGAAGAGCUCAACAUUUAA